GAUAACUUACAAAAAACUAAAACAAUUGCAAUAGACAUUUUAAGACCAUUCCUACUGGGAAUUGCACCUAUACUAUACCCCACAUGCAGAGAUUUACAGAUUCCCUAAAGGAUAAGGCAUUAUAAGUGGUUUUUAUUCAUUCUGAUUGUGUGAAAAACAGAAGUGAGGGAUAUUUGUGAGGGUGUCAUGAGGAAGUUGCGGAGAAAGAAAAGCUCAUGUGUGAUCUCACUAUUAAAAAAAACUGUGGUCAGCGGAUUCAAAUGUAAAUGUUCUUUCAGCUAUAACUGUUUUAUAUUCAUCACAGAAUCAUAGUUGAGUUCAGACAAAAGCUUUAUCAAAGACUUUGUCACGCCUGGUGAAACAUCUUUAGUCAGGAAAACAAAACUAAAGGGGAAUUUGCUGAAAAAAGUCAUGGAGAGUCCAAAAGAAGUAGAAGUUGAAUUGGAGGAGAUCAACACGGCUGAAGAGAAUAAAGAGAAUAAAGAGAAUAAAGAGAAUAAAGAGAUUGGGGAGACAAAAGAGGACGGGAAUAUAUACAGCACUCUGAAUCAACCAUCUGAGGCUAUUUAUGGGAUGCCCUCUUCGACUCGUUCCUAUACAGUCAAUGAAGAUACUCCACGGAAAGUUCGCGUUUACCGCAUCAUUUCAUUGGUGCUUUUUGCCGUCUGCAUCCUGUUGCUGAUUGUGAUCCUCGGGCUGUUUGUAAAGUUGACUGGGAAGCAGUCCUGUCCGACUGACACAUCCCUGCAGGAAUGCAACCUAAAGAAAUGCCAAGAUAUAUACCAACAGUCAUUGUUUCAUGAAAGCCAGUGUUCGUGCCAUCACGAUUGUGACAAGGGCUGGUCGAAGUUCGAGAACUCUUGUUAUUUCUUGUCUAAAGAACGCUUCUCUUGGCAUGAAAGCAGAAAAGAUUGUCAGAGAAGGGGAGGAGAUCUUGCCAUGAUUACCAAUGAACGUUUGCAGAGGUAUCUGACUACAAAUGGGAAUAUGCUCUAUUGGAUUGGGCUCAAUCAAGUGAGCACAAAUCAAUGGAUAUGGAAUAACAACACUGUAUUGACAGUGAGAUAUUGGGGUCAAAUGUUUUCUAGUGGGGAUUGUGCUCUUCUGGCGGCAAAUGAAGAACCUGAACGGAGCUGGCACCAAUCUAUCUGCACAUUGUAUUUACAGUACAUCUGUCAGAUAACCAGAACUUAAGAGUUGCUUACGUAUACCAGCGAUCUCAGACAUUUCAUGCAUCACUUCUAUUAUCUAAAUGUCAGAACUCAUCUCAACAAUACAAAUUUCCUUUUUAAGAAGUCUUGUCAGAAUAAGGGAGAGUAAGCAGGCAAACACACAAUUAAUACAGCUUUUUUCAACUUUUUUUCCCCUCAUUAACAAUGCACAUUACAUACACCAAGAAGAGAAAAUUUGUUUUUUGAGAAGUUUAUUAUGAUAUAGUUUAUUUUUCACAAUUAUAACUCAAUACAUUUUAACUAUACCGACGGUUUGUUCAGAUUCCUU